AUGUCGCAGCAGCGAACGCCACCGCCGCAAGGUGCUCGAACCGAAACAACAACCGUACCGAACGCGGCAGCGCUUGGCGUUGCAGCUCUUUCCUCCCAGCGGUAUACGUUCCAGUGCCUCGUGGGCCGCGGUGCCUAUGGUGAGGUCUAUCGGGCCCGAGAUACGCUCAGCGGCCGAGAUGUAGCCAUCAAGCACAUUCGCAACGUGUUUGAGCACCCACCCGAGGCGAUUCGCGUACUCCGGGAACUCAAGUUGUUGCGUCUGUUGCGCGGCCACCCGAAUAUCGUUCAGAUUUUGGAUGUAUUGAUGCCCAGGGACACGCUGCGCUUCGAUGACGUGUUCAUUAUUCUUGAGUAUCUGCCGGCGACACUGCGGCGCGCGAAUGCGAUCCUGUACACCAACUCGCAGUUGACGACGGCAUAUCGCAAUAGACUAGUCAAGAAGCUGCUUUACGACCUGUUGUGCGGCUUACAAUACAUGCACGCAGCGGGUAUAUAUCACCGAGAUUUGAAGCCGGAUAAUCUGCUGGUCACGAAUAUGCCGAAUACCGUGCGCCUGUGUAUCUGCGACUUUGGGCUGGCGCGCGCUGCGAAGCUGCGAGAGCCCGAGAAUCUCGUUCUAUGGACGGGCUAUGUGGAAACACGCUGGUAUCGAGCGCCAGAGCUUCUUCUAUGCAACUACACCCAUUAUAGUACUGCAAUUGACAUUUGGUCGGCUGGGUGCAUCUUUGCGGAGAUGCUCUCUGGCGGCCGACCGCUCUUUAUCGGCAAAGACGGACUGGAUCAACUGGACCUCAUCACUCGAUUGCUUGGCAAACCGGAUGCGCAUUCUGUUCGAGAGUUUCGUUCUCCUCAGGUGCGUGAGUAUCUGCGUCGUAUGCCUGAGCGACCUCCGGUGGAUCUGGGGAGCCUGUUCCCAACAGCGGAGCCGCAUGCCGUCGAUCUUUUGCGUCAGAUGCUGUGCGUGAACCCACGGUUGCGGCUGACGGCCGCCGAGGCGCUCUCUCAUCCAUAUUUUGAUGAUGUUGAUGGCGGUCGAGCGCCUUCGUAUACAGUCCCAGUCUGGGAUGCGGGCGACUUUGGUUUCGAGAACACUCGCCUGGACGCUGAGCGAUUGCGAGAUCUAUUCCGUGCCGAGAUUCGGAUGCACUACCAUCCGGGACCGAGCCCUCAACGAACCGCGCCACUGCCUACCGCGGAAACGAAUACGAAUGCGAAAUGCAUGGAAAGCGUCAGUGCGGACCAGACAACGGGUGACAACACUGCGUACGAGUGGCCUUCCGAGCUGGACACUGCGCUGGAGCAGGUCCAGGCGAAGCGAAUUGGUUUCGAACUUCGACCUUUCCGUAGUCUGCCAAAAGAAAAGAUUUUACAGACGGCCUCUAGAAUCGUACAGGAGAACAAAAUGGAGGAUGAAAUGUGCGCGUGCGUACGAACCAUGUCACAGCGUGGGUUGUCACGCCUCGGAUGCGAGGCUGCGGCCGGAGCAUCGCGGCAGGCACCGACCCUGUAA